GUCUCUCGAGACUUCGUCACUUCACCUUUUCCGUUUUUUCUUUGCCCCACCAAAUACGGAGAGAAAAAUGGACCUAGCUUGGGCCUCAAUUCUGAUACUGAUACUGAUUCUGAUAUGCACAUGGAGGGUGCUCAACUGGUUAUGGCUGAAGCCAAAGAGACUCGAAAGGCUUCUGAGAGAGCAAGGCCUUCAUGGCAACCCUUACAAGCUUCUGGUUGGAGACAUGAAGGAGCUUCUCAAGAUGCGAAAUGAAGCCUUAUCCAAACCCAUGAAUCUCUCUCAUGACAUAGUGCCUCGUGUGUUUACCUAUAUCCAACAUAGUGUCCACAGACAUGGAAAAAACUCUUUUAUCUGGUUUGGACCAACACCAAGGGUGACCCUCACAGAUCCUGAGCUAAUCAGAGAGGUACUCAACAAGAUUUAUGACUUCAGAAAGCCUAAUUUGAAUCCGCAAGUGAGGUUACUAGCUCCUGGUCUUGUAAGCCACGAGGGAGAAAAGUGGAGCAUGCAUAGAAAGAUAAUCAACCCUGCAUUCAAUUUAGAAAAGCUGAAGAAUAUGUUACCAUUAUUCACCAAAUGUUGCGAUGAUGUGAUUAGUAAAUGGGAGACUAUGAUGUCUUCAGAUGGAUCAUGUGAAAUAGACGUGUGGCCUUUUAUUCAUGACUUGGCUAGUGAUGCUAUUUCUCGAACAGCAUUUGGAAGUAGUUAUGGAGAAGGAAGAAGAAUAUUUCAACUUCUAAAAGAGCAAGGUGAACUUACAAUAAAAGUUCUACUGAAAGUUUACAUCCCAGGAUGGAGGUUUGUGCCCACUGCUAUCAAUAGAAGAAUGAAUGAAAUUAACAGGGAUAUAAGAGCUUCACUUUGGGAUAUGAUUAACAAGAGAGAAAAGGCACUGAAUGCGGGUGAAGCUACUAAAAAUAACUUGUUAGAUAUACUUUUGGAGUCAAAUCACAGGGAAAUUCAAGAAAAUGGAAACAAUAAGAAUGUUGGACUGAAACUUGAGGAAGUUAUCGAGGAAUGCAAGCUAUUCUACCUUGCAGGACAAGAAACCACUUCAGUUUUGAUUGUUUGGACAAUGAUACUAUUGAGUAGGUACCCUGAUUGGCAAACACGUGCAAGGGAAGAAGUCUUGCAAGUUUUUGGCAACACAAAACCAGAUUUCGAUGGCCUAAGUAACCUUAAGAUUGUUACCAUGAUUUUGUACGAGGUUCUUAGGUUAUAUUCACCGGUAGUUGAUCUUACUAGAAUAACUCACAAAGAUGUGAAACUCGGAAACAUAUUUUUACCUGCUGGAGUGCAGAUUUCCUUACCAACAAUUUUGCUCCACCAUGAUUGUGAACUGUGGGGUGAUGAUGUUAAGGAGUUCAAACCUGAGAGAUUUUCUGAAGGGAUUCUUAAGGCCACAAAUGGAAGAGCUUCAUUUUUUCCCUUUGGAGGAGGUCCUAGAAUAUGCAUUGGACAAAAUUUUGCCUUGUUGGAAGCAAAGAUUGCUUUGUCAAUGAUUUUACAACGUUUCUCGUUUGAACUUUCUCCUACCUAUACUCAUGCUCCAAAUUCUGUGAUUACUCUUGAGCCUCAAUAUGGUGCUCAUGUCAUUCUACGUAAAGUGGAAAUAUAAAGAAUAAUCGGCUCUUAUUGUAUGGUUUGUGUUAUACUCUUCUUUGAAAAGUUUACGAUGUAAUAAUAUUUAAAGAAUUGGUGGA